AUGGCCCCCCAAGAUCCAGGCUUUGCGAAUGGCGAUCUUCAGAGACUCAAAUCGCACCUCUUGGAACUGGAGCUCGCCUAUGAAGAAGUUCCCGCUCAGCGACCCCAGGGAAGAGCCGCCAAACAGCUAAAGACAACCUCUGCACCACUGUCUGAUACCAAGGAGGCCAUCAUUGAGAAAGUCGAUUCAGACAUGAAAGCUAUCGCAAACAGUCUCUUUACCCAGCGCGAAGACUCAAACUUACGUCUUCCCGCCAGCAAAGUCUCAACCGAUCUCUACGACAAGCUCAAGGAGAUUGUCGACAGUGAUCGUGCCUGCACGCAGGAGGAUAUUGAUCAAAUCGAUGCACUCCUCAAACGCUUUGUCCGUCAACUUGACCCAAGUUAUCCAUUCCCUGAAUACCAGGACGAUUCACUCAAAGGCGGCGAAAUGGAUGUACAGGAUGUCAAUCAACCUGUCAAUGACGAUGUCGAUGGUGGCUUGGGAACGGAAGAUCAAGGUGCUCGGGGCUCGGACCCCCAAGACGAGUCGAUGGGAGGAAUCGAGGAGCCUAUGAAAGAUGAAGAGUAA